UUUGAAAAUAAUGUCAUAAAGUACUCAAAAUUUUAAUAUUUCACAUUCUAAAUUUAAUCAAAAUUGUAUUAUGUUAAGGCGCAGUCUAAGCCAUCUGGACAAGCUGCCGAAGGCAAAGGUGGCCGAAUGGCUGGCCGGGAUCGACACCAUUAUUUGCAGCACGGAUGGGGUGCUGUGGCAGGAGAAUACCCCCAUUGAGGGCUCUGUAGAGGCAUUCAAUGCCAUAAUUUCAAAGGGAAAGCGAUGUCUCAUAGCCACCAACGAGUGCUGCCUAACAAACAAGGAUCUGUUCCAGAAGGCCAAGUGCCUGGGCUUCAAUGUCAAGGAGCAGGACAUUUUCAGCUCGUCGGGUGCCAUUGCGAGUUACCUUAGCGACCGGAAGUUUAAGAAGAAAAUCCUCGUUUUGGGUGGUGACGGUAUCCGCAAAGAUCUGAAAGAGGCCGGAUUCUGUUCCGUGGUAAACGAUCUGCAGCCAAAUGACCAGAAAAAAAUCGACUUCGUCAGGAGCUUAGUUCUCGAUCCGGAUGUGGGAGCUGUUUUGGUGGCCAGAGACGACAACAUGAUAGCGAACGAGUUGCUUGUGGCCUGCAACUAUCUUCAAAAUCCCAAAGUCUUGUUCCUUACCACUUGCAUUGAUGGAUUCCAGCCAUUUGGGAAAAAGAGGAUCCCAGAUGCCGGAUCUCUGGCCUCUGCCAUCGAGAUAAUUGUACAACGCAAGCCUAUCGUUUUGGGCAAACCGAAUCAGCGGAUUUUGGGCAAGUUGAUGAAGUCUGGCGAAAUAAAGCCCGAAAAGACGCUUGUCAUUGGAAACUCGCUUAAAUCAGACAUUUUAUUUGCAAGUAUAUGUGGUUUCCAAUCAUUAUUGGUGGGCUGCGAUAACGGAGCGAUCGAAAAAGCCGAGAAAAUUAAAAAAGAGGGAGAUGAGAAGAAAAUGAAACUUGUUCCAGAUGCUUUUCUCUCCGGUCUUGCUUCUUUUGGGGAGUAUUUAUGCAUCUAGGUGAUGUCGGGCAAGAAAAGCGAUUUCCAUAUCCAAAAAACAUACCCAGCUGACCAAAAAGUAAUUUAGAUCAUAUUCAAAAUUCAAACUAAGCCGCUCAAAAGCUGAACAGCUGUUUUGUUUCUGAGCACUCCUGUGUGCUAAAUGAUUUCGGUAUUUUGGCUUUUAGCACAAGUCGCGAGUCAGUGCUACCAGUAUAUUUGUAAAUUUUUAGUUUUAAAAUUUGUAAUCUAAAAUAGUAAAGCAAAUUGCCAGUUUUCUGUUGAAACUAAUAGUUUUGCAU